AUGCCUGCAUUCUUCGCUGAAAACAACUAUCAAGAUGUCACCGACAAUACGAACACUCUGUUCCAGAAAGCCCAUAACACGAAACUCACCUCGUUCGAGUGGCUUAUCCAGCAGCCAAAGCAGUUCGAGUACCUGCAAAAGAUCAUAACUGCACUUCAAGGAUCAGAAUGGACCGAUGGGUUCAAACUUCUUGACGAUGAAGCCCGCAAGAUUCUAUCCAAGGUUUCGCCCACUGACCCACAGCCUUCGGAGAAACCCUUCUUCGUCGACGACUUGCCAGCGGCAGUGCAGAAUCUCGCCCCCAUUGACGGCGUCAAGGCCGAGGCUUAUGACUUUUUCCAACCGCAGCCCAUCAUUGGCGCCAAGUUCUACUACCUCCGCAGAAUCAUGCAUGAUUGGCCCGAUGACAAAGCCGCAAGCAUCCUGCGCAAUAUUCGCGCUGCCAUGGGCCCCGACUCGCGGGUGUUGAUCGAUGAAGCCGUGUUGCCGGAUACUGGCGCUAACUGGAAAUCGGCCAUGGCCGAUCUUGCCAUGAUGACCUUUGCUGGUAAAGAGCGGACCAAGCAUCAGUGGGAGUCACUUGCAGAAAGUGCGGGCUUGCGUGUGGAACAGAUUCAUACUUAUGUUGCUUCAACUCAUACCGCUCUUCUCGUUUUGGCCGCCCAGUGA